UCGGUAGCAGUAGUAGCCCAUCUUCUUAUCUCCCCGCGCGCUGCCAUAUUUUGUUGUUAAUUUUUUAUCCGAACCCGCCGCAUGCACUCGCCUUGCAGUCGUCGAUCAACUCACGAGGCUCUUGCAGUCUUCCCCGUGCAUUUUUUACUCGCCGCCGCUGUGUAUCCUCCACACGCUCGAGUCGCGUCUCCAAAUGUCAUUUUCGGCGCGCGAGAAAUUGUGCCGUUUUUUUCCUGCCGAUUGUCACCCCUUAAAAAAGCAACCGAAUCGACAUUUUCCCUCUCUGUCUGAAAUGUUACAACUUAGUCGAUCUCAAUAAUUACCACCGGCUACAUUCUCCCUGACACAGCCUUUCAGUGUUAAUAGCCAUCGAGACACGAAAAAAGGCUGCCUUUGACUGAAAACCAUUUUUUCUCCCAUCAAAGUUGCGUUAAGCUUUCAGCCUUUUCCGAUCCGGCCGAACAUCGUCGGCCCUGAAAUCUUCAACGCAUAUUUUCGGUCGAAAAUUGUCGCUUUCGCAGAGCGCCGGUUUUUCGUCGUGUCUUGAAACGUGCUGAACGCAUAUGUUUUUCCUGCUCCAAAUUGACAAAGUUUAUCGAACUGUUAUAACCUAAGUUUUAGAACGUGCCCUAAACGAAAAAAUUCCGUUUUCUUGUCCUCACAAAAUCAUUUUUCGAAUAUCCUAAAAACAAGGUUCACACACUUUUUUCGGGAAAAAUGAUGACUUUAAGCAGUUCUGUCGAAUCGGAAGAUUCAUGUGCCGCUGUGCUUGUCAUGCUGCGCGGGCAGUGCCAGUGCCUCGGUAUUUUCGAAAAUCAUUUGAAACUGUUGACUUCAUGAGCAUGAACCGUUGUAAUUUUAAGUUCCUGUGAUUUCCUAGCUCAGACCAAUAUCAGAAUACCUCUUCGUACCAGUGUCAAAAUCUUUGUACGGUUUUUCAUAUCAGUUUAAUUAAGAUUUACUUCGAAUCGUGAAUCAUAUCGCCUUGCUCAAUUUUCCAUUGUUCGGAAUCUCAUCUGUGUUGCCGCAUACUGCCGAAAUAAGUUUUUACCCCUCCGAGUCCUGUCCCUGGAAUUACUAGCUGCCGUAAUGAAAAGAACUGCCGUCAGAGACAAGGAGAUCAGUUUGAAGCACGUCAGAACUGCAUCCCACCUCAACGCAUGGCAAAACUGUCCGGUGGCCCCCGUUACAGUUCAUCUGUACCCCGUCUAAUCAACAAAAUCCGCAUGACGCAUCUAACGCAACUAAGUAAUCUAAGGUUCCGGUUCAAACGCGAUCUACCGGAAUGGAGAACCCACAAAAAGAUAUUAUAUCAGUUAAUCAAAUUAGCCCCCUCAAAUCAGCUCUACUGGUCAACAACGCCAUCGACCACAAAGCAGCUCACGUCGGCUCUUGCGAGGUUUUAAACGAGAGUAACCCGCGACUCGGAGGAGAAUCCCCCGUCAGAAAUGGGGGAGAUCAGUUUCCUUGCGAGAGUGAAAAUGAAGCAUCGUCCCCGCUUCUUACAACACCCUCUAGUGACCUCGACGCCACGAACCACAUCAACGGAUUCGAAACCUCGACUCCGCUCAAAGCAUCACCCACCGACGACACCCAGAGUCAUAUCCACAACCACGGCGAUUCCACACUGCCCGUCGGCGAUGUCAACUCCAACCACAAGAUCACCGCCUCGGAAAGCGGCUCGCCUCUUCUCGCAGCGGCGCCCAAAUGCAGCAGCAACGGCGAUUCCCCAGCGUUGAAGAAGGAAGGCAACCGGCGAUCCCAGCACGUCCAGUUCCACUCGAGCACCAACAGCAGCUCCUCCCUGAACGACGAGAAAGACAAGGAGAAGGACUCUUCGGAGAACGGCGAUGUCCUCAAGGGUAGCAACUCCUUCUCGUCGAGUUCGAUAGACUCUUCUUCCAGCUCGGAGUCCUCGAGUUCCUCCUCGGACGACGACGAGUCUUCGUUGAACCUAUGCGAGGCUCGGCCGCCGGACGGCGGCUGGGGCUGGGUCGUCGUCUUCGCCUCCUUCGUCGUCAACCUCAUCGCCGACGGCGUGACGUUCUCCUUCGGCGUCAUCUUCAUCGAGUUCGUCGAGUACUUCAACGAGAGCAACAGCAAGACCGCCUGGAUCGGCUCCAUGUUCAUGGCGAUGCCGCUGCUCUCCGGGCCGCUGGCGAGCUUCCUGACGGACCGCUACGGGUGCCGCAAGGUCUCCAUCGCGGGCGGGCUCCUCGCCGCCUCCGGCUUCAUCGCCUCGGCCUUCGUCAACUCCAUCGAGGUGCUCUUCUUCACCUUCGGGAUCCUCUCCGGCUUCGGGCUCUCGCUCUGCUACGUCGCGGCCGUCGUCAUCGUGGCCUACUACUUCGACAAGCGGCGCUCUUUCGCGACCGGGUUGUCCGUCUGCGGCAGCGGCAUCGGGACCUUCAUCUUCGCGCCGCUCCUGGAUUAUCUGCUGGCCGAGUACGGCUGGCGCGGGACGACGCUCAUCCUGGCCGGGCUCUUCCUCAACCUGUGCGUCUGCGGGGCGCUCAUGCGGGACCUGGCCUGGACCAAGGCCCGCGCCCAGAUCCAGAGGAAGAGGACGCGCGAGCGGCGGAAGCGGAAGAAGCGGAGGAAGAGGAUGGGCACCACCUCCAGCGCGGGCUCGUCCAGUCAGCACAGUCAGCAGCCGCACUCACCCUCUUACCCCAGUAUAGAUGAAAUCAAGAAGCUCUUGAACAAACCUGUGAAUGAAGAUGAUAUUCAUGACCCGCCUUCUUUUGCAGACAUUCACCUGUCUGAAGCAGAGCGUGAAAAGGCACGCCUUUGCAGCUCACUAGUCAGUUUGCCAACAUUCAUUCGAAAUGGUGAAAAAGUGCCAUUAGAAGUAUUAGAACUUCUCUCUAAUCAGAAGCAAUUGUAUCAUGUAUUAUGUCACAACUAUCCUAGUUUAUUAAUAUCCUCCCGCAGUUUCAGUGACAGUGGACGUGUUCAUGAAAUUCCACAGUCAAGCAACGCUGAUCAUUAUGUUGGUCGUCUCAUGCCUAAUUCAGCCCCUAUGAGCCCACUGGCAGCUCAGAAUGACUCCGAACGACCCAUCAAGGCUCAUCCUGAAGGCCUUAAUGGUAAUGCAUUAGCAAACCGGCUCAAUUCAACGAACCCUAACACCACAUGGUGGACCAAUAAACAGCCUCGACCAUCGAACAGAGCAAGAUUGCCCACAGCUUAUUUGAAAGACUUACGGGUUCAUAGACAUUCACUAACUUAUAGAGGUGCUAUGCUCAAUAUAAACCGAUAUCGAUUGAGAGCGUCCUCCUGUCCUGAUAUAUAUCGAAAUUCAAUGACAACUAUAGCCAAAGAAAAAAUAGAGUGGUAUGCAGGAUUGUCAGAAUUAUGGUACUUACUAACAGACAUGCUUGAUUUCUCACACUUCAGUAAUAUUCGAUUCCUCCUGUUUGCUCUAUCCAAUUUUUUGCUUUAUACGUGGUAUGAUGUUCCAUAUGUUUACCUGGCUGAUGACGCCAUCAAGUACAAUAAUGUAAAAAAGACGGAUGCAACCUACCUUAUUUCUGCAAUCGGUAUUUUCAACAUGGUUGGUGAAAUAAUUUUAGGUUGGGCCGGAGACUGUAAGUGGGUGAAUGUGAAUGUGCUGUAUGCAAUCUCAAUGACACUCUGUGGUCUUGUGAUUUCUUUGAUUCCUCUUCUAAAGUCUUACGAAGCUUACUUCAUUGUCUCUGGUGCUUUUGGCCUUUUUAUUGCUGCUAAUUAUUCUCUGACCUCCAUAAUCCUCGUUCAGCUUAUUUCACUCGAGAGAUUCACCAAUGCUUAUGGAUUACUAUUAUUAGUUCAAGGAGUUGCAAAUCUAAUCGGUCCACCUCUUGCAGGUUGGUUGUCAGACGUGACUGGAACGUACGAUUUGUCUUUCUACCUCUCUGGUGUGUUCAUAGCUAUCUCGGGGCUCUUGCUUCUUGUUCUACCAUGCAUUGAAAAAAUCAAAAAGCAGAUCAUCCAGUCAAAAAAAGCUAAGCUCAAUCUGCAGAAUUUGAAUGGGAAAUCAACUGUAGCCAAUGAAAGAACAAAUUGUCUCUACAUCGAGAAGAAACGAUCCAUCACAUUUGAUGAUUCUGUUAUGCAACAUGUUUAAUAUUUGCACAAUUACUUGAUAGAAAAUUAUUUAGCAAUAGUUCAGCCGUAGGUAAGUUGUAUGAUUGUUUUUGUUCUUUUUUGUGGAUGUACAAGCUUAGUCUGUACUGUACAAAGAUCAUACAUACAUCACUGAGUCAUCCAAAGUAAGUCAUUUGUGCUCAGCCUCCAAGUAUCCUCUUUUAUAAUUCGUUCCUAAAGUGGCGUAUACAGUUCAGAGAUAAUCUAAAAAUUAUUUUUGUUAUGAUUUUUACCAAAAACCGUUUGACAGCAAAAGAGCUAUAAGUCAUAAUAUCCCUCUUAAUUCUCUUUACUUUGUGUACCUUCUGUAUUUUCAGUUAAGACUUAACAUUGUGCGUACCCGUUUUGAGUCCCUUAGGUAUUUUUUUCUAUCUGAUGUUCCCAGUUGUUUGAAUUUUGCGAAUUAUAAUAUUAUACCUAGAUCAUAACAAGACAUUUAAAGAUUGAAAGUUUGCGGCAUGCUUAUUGCACUAGUUUCAUUAUUUUUCAAAAAUGACACCAUGUAAAUUUACUAUAAUGAUAAAGAUAGUUUUAUACUUUGUAGGUAUGAAUGAAAUCAGGAGUAAAUCUUAAGGACAAAAUUAUUGUGAUUUCAACUUGGUUGAAAAGUUGAGAAAAUAGAAAGAAGCCAAAGCCUCAGUUUGAUUUAAUUUCUAUUUUUAUUAGAGAAAAUAGUUGAAAGAGCAGUUGACAAGUCAAGUUUCUGGCUAUAUUUAAUGAUAGAACAAUGGAAUUGACAUCGAAAGCAAUAUAAUUGUAACUUUUUCUUUUCGAUAAUUUAAGAUCCGUUCGCUCCCUGUUCUAUUAUAUUAGUCAGUCCUGUAAUGAGCCAGUCAUUUUAAAAAGGUAGUUUUUCCUACUUAACAAUUGAUUUUGUUCCUCUUCUUUUCCAGGUUUCAUUUAAUUUCUCAAAACAUCUGUGAUUAUUAGUGUAAAUGAGUAAUGCUACAUUAAUCCUAUUUUUCUUUGAUUAGUUGUUUUUGAAAUUCAUCUCACUUUGUAUAAACUUAAAUUCAAUUAUA